AUGCAGGAAAGUAUUUCGCCAGAUGGAUCUUUGAUCUACGACGGGACACUGGAGAAACGAUGCCAAGCUACGCCAGCAGAGACGAAGAGGCCUAUCAUGACGUGGUCAAGGCCUUCAAGAAGCGGCGCACAGCCGGAGGACGCUGCGGAGAAGGCCAAGGAGCUGAACACUUCGCUCUGGAACUUCGCCAAGACGGGUCAUGAGGAGAUCCCAGAGCAUCCCGACUUCGUGACGGAUUUCAACCGGGCGAUCCCCCUAGACCAGCUGCGCGGAUGGCUACUGCUACAGCGAUCGAGACUGACGCCGACGGAGCGGGCAGCGGUCAUCAGCGCAGUCAAGGGUAACUUCGACUACGACAGCAUCGGAGAACAGCUACGCGUUUCCUGGCCAGAUGAUGAGCUGACCAAUCGGGACAAGAGGCAAGGCAAGGACUUCCGUCACCGAGAACGGGGGCGAAUCCAUGCCGGCUGGGAAGCGAACGGCGAGGAGGACGACGACUACAGCUACUACGAAGAGCACGAGUCCGAGGCGACCUACGACGGCCAGGGCGACGAGGGGGAUGAGGAAGACCCCGAGGAGCCGCUCUACAGUGCCCAGGCGAUCGAGGAGGCCGAGGCCGCUUUCGCCUCCCAGCAGAGAAGCUUCGAGGAGGCCCGAGAUUUAUUGAGACGAGUGAAGACCGCCAGGAAAUUCUACCCCGUGGAUGAGAACAAGAAGCGAGAAUACCGAACGGACAGCGACGUGACGGACCAUCCCGACGAGAAGGUGAUCGCUCCCAAGACCAAGGAUCAUCGAGAUCGAGAGCGCGCAUCUUCUACUGGCAGCCGGGGCGACCGAGACAGACACGCAAAGGAUUCCAGAGCUUUCGUCCACGGCGCCGAGCAGGAUGCCGAGAUGGAAGCUAACCUCAUCACGAACGAGAUGUCCAGGCUACGGUUGGAAGCGCCUCUUGCCAACAAGCCAGUGAUCAAGAAUCGGCCGAAGACCGCCAACCAGAAGCAGCCCCUGGGCAAUGCUUCCUGCGUGCCGAUCGAGAGGGCCAUCGAGCUGCGAGAACGGGCCCAGCACGAGAAGCUACCGAUCUGGUCAACCUUGGAGAAGGCCGAGGAUUGGAUUCUCAUGAGUGUCAAGCAGAGCUCCUCCAAGGGUUUCGGCAUUCUCGACCAGACGGGCAAGAACAUCAAGAUGGACGUUCGUCAGAAGAGUACGUUUAUAUUUGGCGACGGCAAUGCCAGGAUCUGCACCGGCAAGGCGACCUUUCCCCUCAUGAUCGCCGGUGUGGACGGCGAGCUAGGGAUCAACAUCCUCGACGCAGACGCCCCGCUCCUGACCGGAGUGAACGCGCUGAGCCGCCUCGGGGCUGCGAUUGACUGCGAGGCGCACGCUAUUGUUUACUUCAAGAAGCUCGGGCGCCGAGCUGAGCUGCUCGUCCUUCCGAGCGGUCCCAGACAAUGGAGCCCCACAGGCCUCAGGCGCUUCAUCAUUACCUACGACCACGGGUACGUCAUCAUUCCCUACGACCACGGGGACAUCAUUACUUGGGGCUACGGGGGCAUCAUCAUUACCUACGACAGCGGGGACAUCGUCCUUACAAGCGUCAUGGGCAUCAUCAGAAUCGCCUCCUGCAGUACCAACUAUGACAUUAUCGGGAACACCUACAGAGGCUCGCCCAGAAGCUUAGAUUCCAGCAACCAGCAUUUCUUCCAUAUUCGCAUGAACCUCAACCGCGAUGCGAAAUGCCGCAAAGCCGAGAGCCAGCAGGUGAAGCUGGAGAACGAGGAGAUGGUCGGAUCAUGGGAAGCGGUGCCGCCACUGGAUGCAGGCGCUCCGACUCACCCUCCGACGUCAACGAGACCUACGCAGCCGAUGCCGCCAUCGGCUCGCCUGGUCCAGCAUCAGGACACGAGGGGCAACAUAUUCUACACGGUCGAGGGCUCGGAGCUGGACAAGAGCCUGAAGCGCCUGACGGACACCUUUCUACUGGGGCACCUGCCGACCUGGGAGACGUGGUCCAGCAAGCUCCUGAAGCAGUGGGCGAUGUGCCGCCGCUGGGUGCGGGUCAUCAUCAAGGUCUUCCUCAAGACGAUCGACCGGGUGACCUGGAAGCUGGACAGCAUCGGCCUCCUUGUGCAGCUGCUGCCCGAGAAGUACCCGACCUGGCCAGCGGAGCUCGGGCGUCGUGCGAAGAUCGAGCCACAGCGUCCCAGGACGGAGACGAAGCAGAGGUCAGCCGCAUCCGCGGCCGCGCGAGAGCAGAACCAGGAGCUGCGGGCCAACGUCGAGACCGCAAAGUCCGACUUCUCGACCAAGUAUGCGACGGUGGAUGCGUUUGCAGCGCUCAGCUCGGAACAGAUCUACGAGAAGCUCAACAUGGUGACGGUGGUCAAUCACCUGAGGCCCCUGUGCAAGACCUGGGGACUGACGCAGUCCGGCAAGAAGGGGGAGGUGAUCGACAGGCUCACCGCGUACAUCGUCGAGCAGCGCGGAACGGCGGCAGCGACGAUCAGGGCCAAGAAGGAGCCGGAGACCAAGAAGGUGGAGACGGGGCCUAUCGCCGCGGGCCCGGCGAUCCCAGAGCACUACACGCAGAUGUGCCAGCGCCUAGACUGUCAGCAGCAGCGGGGCAUCGCGAAGAACGAGCCGAUCGUGAAGGCGAGGCCCUUCGGGUGGCGCCACCAGGCGCGCGGGGGCAGGUCGGCCAUCUUCCGAGCCAUGUGCGCUCUCACGACCUUCGGCAGAUUGGCGAUGGUCGAGGCGCGCACCCACGCGGACUCCAACCUUGGCCAGGUCUGCGACGAGAAGGGCUACCACUACGAGAGGCUCGGCCAGUUCAACGACUGCGACCUCAGCAAGCCGCAGGGCAACCACAAGGCGAAGUUCUUGCUGGACGAGAGGCGCCUGGAGCUCCUCGUCAGCACACCUCCCUGCGGGCCGUGGUCGAUUAUGCAGAAUAUCAACCAGCGCGACGACAAGCAGAAGGAUAAUUUGCGCAAGAAGCGACUCAAGAGCCAGCGGAUCUUCGAAAACGACAAGAGGCUCAUCGAGCAUCAGGUGCUUCACCUGAAUGGCUCGGCCCUCGCCGAGCAGCCACACAACAGUCUUUCGUGGCAGAAGACCUGCUGGAAGGACCUGCACAAUAUUCCCCCCUACGAGGCGAUCGUGGACGGCUGCGCCUGCGGACCCAAAGCCCCGGACACAGGCGAGCUCAUGAGGAAGCGCUGGAAGUUCCUGACGAACGUCAAGAGGAUCUGGGUGGCCCUCCAGCCGCUACAAUGCCGUGGAGGACACUAUUAUGAGGAAAUCGAGAGCAGUCUGAGGACCGAGGCCUCGGGCUCCUAUCCCAAGAUGCUGCGCCGCCGGAUCCUCCGAGCUCUGACCAAGAGCCAGAAUCAUACUUACUUCGAAGAAGAGGUCGUGAAUUGUUUCUGCAUGGCCGCUACCCAGCAGCCACCUACUGAGCCGACUCCAGAGGAGGACGAGACAUCAAUUCCACCACUAGAUGGCAAGGAGUCACACGACCUCACCAGCGACACAGUCAAGAAGCUCGAGAGCUACAUCAGGCUGGUUCACACCAACCUGGGACAUUUACCUCGAUCACAUCUUCCACGCUACCUGUCUCGAGGUGCGAGACCUGAGGUGCUACGGUUGGCCAGAACCUUCAAGUGCGACAUCUGCGAUGCUCGCCGACCACCGACGAAGCGGCAACCAGCUUCCUCAGCAGAGCAGCCCCAUAAUGGUCACGAAGUUUUGUUCGAAGCCUUUUCUUGGAUCCGUCGCAGCUCGAACGCCAGCGUGAUGGCGCUAGCGAUCCUAGACGCUGGCUCGGACAUACUGUACGUGCGGCUUAUCGGCAAGAAAGCGAUCCCAGGGACCUGCAGACAAGUUCGCGCGGGCGACCUUCGACACAUCGUUGCCACGAAGUGGUUCCCUUGGAUGGGGCGGCCGAAGGUCAUGCGCUAUGAUCCAGCCGGGGGCGCCAUCUCCGACGAGUUCCGCGAGUGGAUCGAGAGCCAGGGGGUCGACUGCCUCCCAUGCGCUGCCGACGCCCACUGGCAGAUCGGCAAGAUCGAACGAGCCAUCGAAGCGUUUAAGGAGGCCCUCGACGCCUUCGACGAGAUGAUACCAGUUGAAGUUCCCACGAGCGAGAUGUUCUGGCUACAGACAGCAGCCAGGAACGACCUGAUCAGGAUCGACGGUUUCAGUCCGCUGCAGCGCUAUGCGGGACGGACGCCCAUUGGCACCACGGUCAACCUCUUCGACGAGCCGACCAACCUGCCGCUCAUCAGCGCCGAGCUGCAGGAUGGCACCUUCAGCAGGGGCGCUCAAGUACGACGGAUCGCACGGCUCGCUCGCAUCCAGACGGAGAACUCCGACCGAGUCAAGCGUGCGGAGGCCGCAAGAUUCAGAUCGUUCCAGAAGUACGAGACGGGCGACCUGGUAUUCGUCUACCGGCGGUUCCCACCUGGAGCCUGGCGCAAGAAAG